UACUUCAGAAAGUAAACAACAACACUGUCAGCAUCUCUCUUCUCCACGUCUCUCAUAUUUAGCCGUUUAUCUCCUUAUAUUCGGCCGUUUAUCUCGCAGAAGAGGACAGAGAGAGAGACGAGGAGAUGGAGGUCAUUGUGGCUAAUGUGGAUAAAAUCACCUUUGAUAUAGAGACUCAGUUGGAGGAGCAAGUUGGGGCGCAGAUCCUGCCCUUCCCUGGCAUGGACAAAUCAAUAGCUGCAGUGUGCACAUUUUACAUGCGUGGGAACUGCAGUAAAAGUGUCAGUUGCCCAUUUCGUCACGUUCGGGGAGACAGAACUGUUGUUUGCAAGCAUUGGCUUCGUGGCUUGUGCAAAAAGGGCGACCAGUGUGAAUUUCUCCACGAAUAUGAUAUGUCAAAAAUGCCUGAAUGCUAUUUCUAUUCUCGUUUCAAUGCCUGCCACAACAAGGAGUGCCCGUUCCUACACAUAAACCCUGACAUGAAAAUGAAAGACUGUCCAUGGUAUGAUAGAGGCUUUUGCCGUCAUGGUCCUCAGUGUCGAAAUCGUCAUGUACGAAGAGUCCUCUGCAUGAAUUAUUUCUCGGGUUUCUGUCCAGAUGGAUCAAGUUGCAAAUUUAUGCACCCAAGAUUUGAAUUUGCCACAAUUCUAGAUGACAAACAACCACUUCACAAGAAGGGAAUCACCUGUCAUUUCUGUGGAGAAGCUGGUCACAAAGCUUCAAAUUGCUGCAAGGAACCGGAACUAAGGGAACAAAAUGCAAUUAUUAGUUUGGCUUCAGGUGGACCAAAGAAUCAGCCGGGCAGAGAAAAUUCAGGCUACUUUAUGCCUCACCAAAUGGAUAACAAUCGACUGGAUAAUGUUAUUUGCUUCAAGUGUGGUCAACAGGGACACUUCGCAAACAGAUGUUCCAAGGGCCAGUUUGCCUUUCUUAGUUCCAGUAACUAAGACAUGCUUUAGGGAUCUUUUCAGAAAGAUUUUAUUUAUACCAUAGUAUAGUAUUAGCUUUUAUUACAAUUUUGGUGAAAAAAAUUAUAAUUUAGUAUUUCUUAUUAUAAAAUAGAUUGUCUGUCUCCUGAAUGUGAAUGACUGAAUGAAUAAGUGAAAUACAAACGUG